GUUCUUUAUUUGCACACUCAGCUGGGUUGAGCCAAAACGCAAUAAGAAAAAGAAUAUAUUUGUGACAAAAGAAAGGAAGAGUCUUGAGGAGCAAUGGCGAGUUCUUCAGUGGAGUUAGAGGAUGUACCUUCCGUUGAUAUAAUGACGGAGCUCCUUCGCCGCUUCAAGUGUUCGUCGAAGCCAGACAAGCGUCUCGUUCUCAUCGGUCCACCGGGAUCUGGAAAGGGUACACAAUCACCGAUAAUUAAGGAUGAAUAUUGUUUGUGCCAUUUGGCCACGGGUGAUAUGCUUAGAGCUGCUGUUGCUGCAAAAACCCCACUUGGGAUUAAGGCCAAAGAAGCUAUGGACAAGGGAGAACUUGUGUCUGAUGAUUUGGUAGUUGGGAUUAUUGAUGAGGCGAUGAAGAAGCCAUCAUGUCAGAAAGGUUUUAUUCUAGAUGGGUUUCCAAGGACUGUGGUCCAAGCAGAAAAGCUGGAUGAGAUGCUCAAAAAGCAAGGCAGCAAAAUUGACAAAGUUCUCAACUUUGCAGUCGAUGAUUCCAUUUUGGAGGAGAGGAUCACUGGUCGUUGGAUUCACCCUUCAAGUGGUCGGACCUAUCACACUAAGUUUGCACCUCCCAAAGUCCCUGGUGUUGAUGAUGUCACAGGAGAGCCUCUAAUUCAGCGUAAAGAUGAUACCCCAGAAGUUCUCAAGUCAAGGCUGGAGGCAUUUCACAAGCAGACUGAACCGGUUAUUGACUAUUAUACCAAGAAAGGUGUUCUUGCUGAAUUACAUGCCAAGAAGCCACCAAAAGAAGUCACUGUUGAGGUUCAGAAGGCUUUAUCAUCUUAGGAGUGUUUUUCUUUCUCUUUUUUAUAUUUUUUGUUAUGUGCCUCUGUAUAGUCCGAAUACAUUGUCGGAUUGGCCAGUCAAUGUUUUCCAACCACAUCCCUCUUGACACUGCUUAAGCUCUCAAUUAAAUUCUGAGCUCCUGAGGUGUUUCAUUCUCCAGGCAACACUAGUUUACUAUGAAAUGAAAAUUUCCCAGAAUCAUCAUGGCUGCGUUUUCAAUUA